GUUUGACAAGAGCACCGGCUUUCGCAAUGGCCUCAGCGAUCGUCGGUUUCCAGCGCGAGUAUAAGUAUGACUGGAAGAGCACGCGGAAGACCUUCGCGUCGGCGAUUACGGCUUGUCGUUAAGGACGAAGCCAAGUCCAAUUCCGACCUUUCCGGCAACGACGAUACCGGCAAUUCAGCUGAUGAAGCAUCAAAGGAAGAAAAAGAGGCGACAAAGCAGGAAAAUCCUGCUCCUCGUCGUCGCGGUCGCCCACGGAUAUAUCCACGUGCAGAAUCAACCACUAAUGGUGAGGUAGAGCCUCCUAAAAAGCGUCGACGAGACGAAGGUGAUAGUACGGACGAUGAUGGAGAGUUAGACCCUGAUGGAGAGAAAAAGGUUGAUAGGCAAGGGCAUCUUUUGGAUGGCCGCGAAUACCGCAUACCGACAUUCGAACUGCCUGAACGUGACGAUCAGCAAUUAAUGUUCGCAAUGGACCCCGCACGAAUACUAGGAUAUCGCGACAGUUAUUUAUUAUUUAUGAAAAAUCCUGAUUUGGUGCGCGUUCGAAUAUCAGACGAGGCCAAGAACAUGCUUGUUGAACAGAAAAUGCUACUUCCUUGGUUUCGAAAUAGAGAUGUGGCUAUCGUUACAGCGCGAUCAAUCUUCAAGGUGUUUGGAGCAAAGGUGGUGAAACAGGGUCGACGAUGCAAGGACGACUAUUAUGAAGCUAAAGCGCGCGCUGAAGGCUAUGUUGAUGAACUGGAAGACACAGAAAUGGAAGAGUCCUAUGGACGACGGAAUCAAUUAUCAUCUCAUACAACCAAACUACCAGGGUCGAAUGUUCCAUCUACAGCAGUCAGCGGGCCAGGAUGGAUGCAUCAUGCCGCAGCUUCUGUUCAAGAAUUCAAUGCUCGAUUGCUAGGACGCAGGGCAGAGAAACCCACCUUCUAUGACGUGCACACCAACAUACAACAAGUACCAAGUGCCACUCAACCAAUUUCGUGUGAAUUCGAAAGUGUAAGCGCUGGAUCUUCCAAGACCGACGGAGUGGUUAUCGACCCUGUUAAAUUUGAUCGGCGCCGUUCAAGCAAACGACCCUUCUUUGAUAACGCCUCGGUGGAUAUAGCUGACAUUGUUGAUAAGCAAGAGAUAUAUGAAGCUAUCCCACCAGAAGUAAGGGCGGAGAUGGAGAAUUCAGAUAUUGAGUUCUUUGCAGAUAAAAACAAGGAAAUCACAGUGAAAAAUGAAGAGAUGUAUCCCAUUGCACUUUUGGAUGGGCAGUAUCAGGAAUCAUUUCCAAUACACCAUGUUCGUUUCGCUAUCAAUGCUCCUAAAAUAUUCUCCCCGGUAUCCAUUACGAAAGCUACAAGAGCCAUCCUUAUCCAACAGCAGUUCAUGAACUCGCAACAUUCUGCAUCCGGCGUCCCAUCGAUAAGCCAGGCCGGUCCUUUGGCUACCAAUCGGUCACCCAUGCCAAAUGUUAGUUAUGAUAAAGGAACCCCACCUAUUCCUAUGCGUUCAAGUAGCGUUUCCUCGUACCAGCCUUCACCAAAAGGACCUGACAGUGUGCAAUUGGUCUGUGGCUAUAUAUCCGAUAAUGGACAGAGGUGUCCUAUCCCUGUCCCUAAUCGAGGCGAAAGAUGUCCUCAUCAUGCUAAUAACUAUGCUAAUUUGCCACAAAGUAGUGUUAAGCCAACUGCGAAACCGACUAAUUUUGCUGAUAACAAGUGCGCAGAUUGUCACUACCUGUCUGCACCCUCUGAGGUACUCAAGGGACUCACACCAAUAUGUGACACUUUUACCACUAUCAAAUGUACCAAAUGUCACAAGAAAUAUCAUCCAGUGUGUGCACACGUGAAAACGCCGAGGCAAUUGGCUACUGUCGAAUCAUACCCAUGGUUGUGCCCAGAUUGCAAAAUCUGUUGCGUUUGUCAAACAGUUGGCGACGAAUCUACUCUCAUGAUAUGUGACGACUGCGAUCGUGGUUGGCAUACAAAUUGCUGUAAUCCUAAGGUGGACAAUGUGCCGGAAGGUGCUUGGCGGUGCCCGCUCUGCGCAGUAUGUGUCAGCUGUGCAGGAGAGAAAAUCAAAAAAGAGAACAGACUGCAACACGCUUACAAACAUGCUAUUGCCCCACCCACCGAACAUUACAAGUACCCUAUUUAUCUUGCGACUUACUGCAAGGUAUGCUACGAUAACUUUACCAGUGAUCGAUUCUGUCCGGUCUGCCUGAAGACCUAUUCUGAAGAUGAGGAUGAAGAGAAGGGGGACGAAGAUCAUGACAUGGUGGCCUGUGACACUUGUGACUAUUGGGUCCACGUUGGAUGUGAUGAAGCCCUGACCCCGGACAGAUACCAAAAGCUUUGUGAUGAUGAAGACGAGAAAUAUAACUGCCCAUUGUGCGAAGGGCGAGUCAAGCCAAUCAUUCAGACUGGACAUGCAGCUCUAGCGCUGAAAGGUGUUUCUGCGCCAAGUGGCACGCCUGUUGGUAUUAUUGGUGGAAAGGUAAAAACCCGAGGUGUAGUUCAUUAUCGCAAACAUCAAGUUGGUGUUCCAGAAAUCAAUGGCACCGGCAUAGCGAUCGUCAAAACAUAGAGCAUUUUACCUUAUUCUUGUUCCUUUGAAAUUACAAUUAUCAUCAUACUGCGUAGAAGUGGUUAAAGCAGUGGCCUCAAAUAAAUAAUAACAUUUUUUUUUCUACAGCAUACACUUUAAACCAUU